CUGUAAAAAAAAACGCAGGUCUACUAUAAUAUUUCUUAUGCAGGAGGUGUGAUUGAUCGAUUUUUCUGUUCAUACGCUAAGCUUCUAAAUUUCUUCCGUCGCUAGCGCCUGUGUUUGUCAUCUGUUUCGAAACGGUUAUUUCAGCUGGUCAGUUGCAAAUAUAGUUUCUGUAAAUAGGCAAUUGUCAAUUGUUGAUCGAAGGUGGUGAUGAUAAGGAAGCAUCCGCAGCAAUGGCAUCGGCAUUGGAGCAAUUUGUAAAUAAUGUUCGAACGCUUUCAAAGCAAGGUAAUUUCAGAGACCUGUAUGAUAUCAUAACCAAAAGCGGCGAAAUAUUGACGAAGAAUGGACAACACUUGGACAAUGUUUUAGAAACAUUGGAUCUGCAACAACACUCCUUAGGUAUCCUGGCAGUACUUUGCGCAAAAUUUUCACUGCCCAAUACUAACGGUGGCAAUAAUCCAGAUGGAAACAAACUGCUAUUCAAUCAAGUUCAGGAAUUUAUUGUGGGCUGUAAUGGAGAGCAAGUUAGAUUUGCACCAGAUACAUAUGCAGAAUUGUGUCAUCAGUUCACACAGAGCUUGGUGGAGUCAAAAACGCCAUUGCGCGGAAUUGAAUUGUUGCGUCGCGCAAUUCGCAAAAUACAACUCUUUGACAGCCAGUUGACCUCUAUACAUGCUGACCUUUGCCAGUUAUGUCUUCUGUCUAAGUGCUUUAAGCCAUCGCUCGAGUUUCUUGAUAUAGACGUUACAGGAAUUAGUCAGGAAGGAGGCCAGUUUGAUUCUAAAUAUUUCCUAUUAUACUAUUAUUAUGGCGGUAUGAUAUAUACAGCAUUGAAGAAUUAUGAUCGGGCGUUAUAUUUUUUCGAAGUAUGUGUAACAACACCUGCAAUGGCAGUCAGCUACAUCAUGCUGGAGGCCUAUAAAAAAUACAUCUUGAUCUCCCUGAUAUUACAUGGAAAAGUGUUGAAUCUGCCAAGAUACACAAGCCAGGUAAUCAGUAGAUAUAUCAAACCGUUGAGCCAGCAGUAUCAGGAAUUGGCUACAGCCUACCUGAUUAACAGCUGUGAAGAAGUGCAAAACAUUAUUACAAAGUAUCAGCAAUUAUUCGUGAGGGAUCAGAAUCUAGGACUUGUGAAACAGGUGCUCGCUUUCUUGUACAAAAAGAAUAUACAGAGAUUAACCAAGACUUUCCUGACGCUUAGUUUAAGUGAUGUUGCAAGUAGAGUUCAAUUGUCGGGUCCUGCCGAAGCAGAGAAAUACAUUUUAAACAUGAUCGAAGACGGUGAAAUUUUUGCGACUAUUAAUCAGAAGGACGGUAUGGUUGUGUUUCACGAUGAUCCUGAAAAAUAUAAUUCACCCCAAAUGUUAGCAAAUUUUGAAAAAGAAAUGGCAGCUUGUACGGAAUUAGAUAAGCGAGUGCUAGAAAUGGAGGAAGAGGUUGUUCUUACACCGCAAUACGUUCGCAAAGCUUGCGGACAGAACGAUCAAGAUGAUCAAGCCGCCGGACCUGCGACAACAAACGUUACAAAUGUGCAAGGUCAAAUUAAACAAAACACCUAUUCUAUGUAACAUAUAUGUCGUUGUGCGUUACUUUUAUUAAAAAAUAAUGAGAAAUCAUAGAACAUCUUGUUGAGAAUUAAGACUUCAACGAAUAAAAGCCUGUUUUGGAUAUUAAUAAUAACUGGAAAACUAUUUUCUAUUGAAUUAAAAGAAAUACUUUAAUAGCCUCAUA